AUGACCAAUUUUAAGUUUUACUUCAUGCUGUCUUUCCUUGCUGAUGUCUUGAAGGAACAGCAGCUCAACCUGAAAUUGGGACGAGCUGGUGGCCAAGUGGCGGGGGAGCAAGAAGAGGAGGCCGUCGAAGAAGGCAAAGCUGUUGUCUUGGAUGAUGAUGAUGAUGAUGAUGAUGAUGAUGAUGAUGAUGAUGAUGAUGAUGAUGAUGAUGAUGAUGAGGAUGAUGAGGAUGAUGAUGAUGAUGAUGAUGAUGAUGAUGAUGAUGAUGAUGAUGAUGAUGAUGAUGAUGAUGAUGAUGAUGAUGAGUCUAAUGAAGAGGAGGAUGCAAGUUCUAGCGAGUCAUCACGAUGA